CGGAGCUGGAGAGCCGGGCCGGGCCGGGGGAGAGCGCGGUGCGGAGCCCAGAGAGUGCUCUGAUUGCCGGCAGCGGAUGGUCAGGUGUCAGGAGCGGCUGCGGUCUGCGGAAAAGGCGAAGCUUGAGUGAGGGAAGGGGCGAACUGAGAGCCGGAGCUCCGGACAGACCUUACCAGGACCCCCGUCCCCAGCCGGACCAUGUGAGGUGGAAAGGGCUACCACAUUAGCACCAUCCGGACGAUCACCCCAGGGGUGGGUUAUAUUCCAUCAGCCCUGUAAACGGGGAUCCUCGUCCCGGGACCAUGCCCCUCUCCGGAAGAGUUGGUCUCGCAUGAGAAGACCCUGGUGGGAGCCUCCCCGAAGAUGAACCAGUCGGAGAGUGACGAGUCGACCUAUCACCGCAGCCCGUCCGUGGACAGCAGGGACUACCCCGGCGCCCAGAACGGCUUCCGCCGCUACAGUAGCGUGUAUGGUGGCCAGUUCGGGGCCAACACCUCCUUCUUUGGGAUGCAUACCAACCCCGGGCCUAAGGCCAGCAAGACGGCAUACAAGUCGGCCAAGGGCAGUAAAUACGUGGUCUUUUACUUGGAUCUCUCCUUUAUAUUCCUUCUAGAACUGAAGAGGUGCAGCCUGGCCCAGAAUUGCUUGCAGUGCCUCAAGUACCUCAUGUUCGUCUUCAAUCUUCUCUUCUGGCUGGCGGGCUGUGGUAUACUGGGAGUGGGGAUCUGGCUGGCGGUAACACAGGGCAACUUUGCCACACUCUCUGCUACCUUCCCCUUCCUGUCUGCUGCCAACCUGCUUAUGGGCAUGGGCACCGUGGCGAUGGUGGUUGGAUUUCUUGGCUGUGUUGGGGCCAUCAAAGAAAACAGAUGUCUCUUGCUGUCUUUUUUCAUCCUACUGCUUGUGAUUUUCUUGAUGGAGUUGAUUGGAGGAAGCCUUUUCUGCAUCUACAGAAUUCAGAUCGACACUUACGCUCGUGAGGACCUGAAGGAGGGUCUUCAGCUGUUCGGAACAGAUGGGAACAUUGGUCUCACUAAUGCCUGGAGCAUCAUACAAACAGACUUUAGAUGCUGUGGGGUGUCAAACUACACGGAUUGGUUUGAGGUCUUCAACACAACGCAAGUUCCAGACUCCUGCUGCCGGGAAUACACAGUGAGCUGUGGCCGGCACGCUCCAGAAACUUGGUGGAAAGAUGCUUGCUACGAAAGAGUCAAGUUGUGGCUCCAAGACAAUCUCCUGGCUGUGGGGACCUUCGCACUCUGCACGGCCCUGGUUCAGAAGAAAGCCCUUAACUCCGAGUGGAGUCAUCGGGACACCGUCAUGAAGGCGUUUCUUUAG